CUGAGACAGGAGAUUUGAGACCAACUUCACAGGCAAAACGUCUAUCUCGCGACGCUCAACGAUUAGUAGUUCAGCAAGCAUUCGUAAAUAACGAGGUGAAUAGAUGACAAUGGCUGAGGCUUGGAAACUGAAAUGCCCUGCUCCUCCACUUGAUGGAGAAGAUGGGCCGGCGUAUCGCAUCGUCGAUGAACCUCGGAGAUCCGACUCAGACAAAUCCGCCUACCGAGCCAUAGAGCUUCGGAAUGGACUGAAAGUACUGCUGAUCUCCGAUUUGGAGGCAGACAAAGCAGCGGCUGCCCUCACCGUCCAGGUAGGGUACCUGAGUGAUCCGCCUGAAAUACCAGGCAUUGCCCAUUUUUGCGAGCACAUGCUUCUGCUCGGAACCAAGAAGUAUCCAGCAGAAAAUUUCUACGAGGAGUUCGUGUCUACUCAUGGUGGGACGAGGAACGCUAUGACUUGCACUGAUGAGACGUCUUAUUUUUUCGAUGUUACACCUGAGUAUUUUAGAAACUGCCUCGAUAUCUUCGCGCAGUUUUUCAUCAAUCCACUCUUCGAUCAAAAUUGCAUGCUACGGGAAAAAUACGCGAUUGACAGCGAAAAUCAAAAGAAUAUUAAGCGGGAUUCUCGGCGUCUGUUCCGCAUCAACCAGGUUACAUCGAGUCCGAAGCACGACUUUGUGAAAUUUGGUACGGGAAACAUGGAUACGCUUAGUUCAAAAGGUACCACGGAACUUCGAAAACAAUUGAUGGCCUUUCAUUCGAAGUGGUAUUCAUCGAAUAUUAUGGCGCUCGUCCUAUACGCGAAAGAAAGUCUCGAUGAGUUGACUUCGUACGCCACAGAUAUGUUUGGUCCGAUUCAGAAUAGAGAGGUAACGCCACAGGUCUGGACGGUGCACCCGUUUAGGGAGGACUCUGUUCAAGUGGAGAUCAAAGUCGUCCCGGUAGAUGAUAUACACAAACUAACAGUAACCUUUCCUACACCGGACAUUUCGAGCCAAUAUAAAUCGAAGCCAGAUUAUUAUGUCAGUUACCUUAUCUCACACACGAGCCAAGGUGGGCUGAUAGCACAUCUGAGGUCGCUAAACUGGGUGAUCUCUGGCGAAGCAGAUCUCACUGAUGGGGCCAGAGGGAUAUGCUUCUUCAAGGUAUCGUUCAAUUUAUCUUACGAAGGCAUACGUCACACCGACGAAAUAAUUACAUACCUUUUUCAAUAUAUUCGCCUUCUGCAAGAAAGUAAACCACAGGAAUGUGUUUUCAAGGAGCUUAUGAAUCUUGCUGAAAUGAGCUUUCGAUUCAUGCCUAAGCCGCAUCCAAUGCGUUACUGUCAAAGGAUCAGUAAAGCUAUACACAAAUACCCUUGGAAGGAUGUCAUGUCCGGUCCAUACAUCUAUCAGGAAUUUCGGCCGGACUUAAUCGAGCAACUGCUGAGCUACUUAGUGCCCGAAAAAGUAAGGGUGAUGAUAGUGUCAAAGCUGUUUCAUGACGAAACCAGUCAAGUCGAGAAGUACUACGGUGUUCGAUACGCAGUAAGAAAAAUUGCAAGAUCUACAAUCGAGGCAUGGAAGACGGUGCAUGUUAACGACGUCUUCAAACUUCCAGCUCCAAAUGAUUUCGUCUCCACCAAAUUUACGUUAGUGGACGAAGAAAAAGAAUACACCACGGAACCCAAGAUAGUUAUGAGUGAUGAGAGCAACCGGGUUUGGUUUAUGCAAGACAAGGAGUAUCUUUUGCCUCGUAGCGUAAUCUCGUGUCAAAUUCGGACUCCUGUGGCAUUCCAAAACCCCCUUAGUGAUGCUCUGACGCAUUUAGCAAUAAAUUGCUUUCGAGAUGAAAUUUCUGGUCCUCUGUAUUCAGCCAGAGUGGCUGGUCUCAACUAUUCGAUCAUAAACCAUCAAUACGGCAUCUCGUUGAAAGUAAGCGGAUAUAACGAAAGGCAGCUUUUUCUUCUUAAAAGUAUAUUGACACGCCUUACUACGUUCAAGGUGGAUUCAGGGAGAUUCAAAGUACUUAAAGAUUUGUUUGCGCGUCGUUUAGGUAACUUCGACACGAAACAACCUCACCGACAAGCGGUAUAUUACGCGGAGGUGUUACUUUGUGAGAAGUUCUUCAUGCACACAGAUACGCUGGCCAUUUUGGAUAUGUGCACCCCGGAAGCUUGUACUGAGCAUCUGGCCAAGCUGCUACAAAAUGCCUAUAUUGAAUGUCUCGUGCAUGGAAAUAUGACUUCGGCAGAAGCAAAAGAGUUAGCCUCGACCGUUCGACGUAUACUGAAGUGUGGCCCACUACCCGAAGAUAGCUUACUAAACCUUCGCGAAUACCAUCUGACCGAGGGUCAGACCACUUACUUUUCUCAUACCAACCUGGUACAACCCGCCGGCGCGGUGAUGGCACUUUAUCAGAUAGGAACAGUCGACUCCGAAGACUUGAAGACCUCAGUUCUCAAUGAGAUACUGUGCCGCCUUAUCGACGAACCAGUCUUCAAUAUACUUCGAACUAAGGAACAGCUUGGUUAUAUUGUUUCAUGUGAAACGAAGUUGUCGUACGGUACGCUAGGUUUAUUUGUGUUGGUUCAAUCCAAUUUGCCGUCAUCAUACGUGUUCGACCGGAUUGAAACCUUCAUUAACCGCACGAUGAAUCAAAUUCUUAACGAACUUACAUCGGAACGGUUAGACGAUCAUAAAAGGACUUUGAUUGCACUCAAACUGGCGAAGCCAAAGACGCUCGAAGAGAAAACGCGCUUUUUAUGGGAUGAGGUGUGCAGUAAGAGCUACCUAUUUGAUCGAGCUAAGUUAGAGGCAGCGGCGGUCGGAGCUGUCACCAAGACGGACAUCAUAGAUUUUUACAAGCGCUAUAUUGAGCACGCAGCUCCGGAUCGUAAACAGCUAGUUGUUUGUAUCGAAUCAAAAGAAUCUCAAAGGACGAAAAUGGUCAACAAUAACAAAGCCAAGGCUGACGCAAUGACUGUAAACGACGUUAAGGAUUUCAAGGAGAUUCAUGAACUGUUUCCACGAGAAAGGAGAUCACCUGAACAGAUUAUGAUGCAUGCGAAGUGAGUGCCUGACUAGACAGUCACGCAGUGUGUUAUAGUGAAAUAACUCAGCUGUGGUUCAUCACAAAUAUUUAAACGUGCUUCUUUUGUCUGUUUUGAGUGUUUUUCUAUACAAAACCAUCUUACAAAAUGGCAGGUACCUCUACUCUGUCAUAAACUCAGACAAACACGUUCAGCA